CCUGCCUCCUCCAGUCCUCUCAGAGGCACAAGAACGAGCGAAGAUGGCGGCGCUACGAGCUGUCGCGCUGUCCGGCAGUGGGAGAACUCUCUUGAGCACGCCAAAAACAAUCAAGGCCUCCAAGGCUAACAUGUCAUUUGCCAGCCUGCCACGGAACAAGAAAGUGGCCCUGACAACACUGGGUGUAGUCACGGCUGGAGGUGCUGGGCUUGCCCUAAUGCUGCAUCAGUCUGUUAAAGCCUCAGAGCUGGAGCUCCAUCCCCCUAACUACCCCUGGAGCCAUGGUGGACCUCUGUCUUCGUUGGACCAUGCAAGUGUUCGCCGUGGAUAUCAGGUGUACAAGCAGGUAUGUUCGGCCUGCCACAGUAUGGAGUACCUGGCCUUCAGAAACCUAAUUGGAGUCUCGCACACAGAGGCUGAGGUUAAGACCAUUGCUGAGGAGAUUGAGGUUGUGGACGGCCCCGAUGAGAACGGGGAGAUGUUUACCAGACCAGGGAAGCCCUCCGACUACUUCCCUAAGCCCUACCCCAACCCUGAAGCUGCCCGCGCAGCCAACAAUGGCGCCCUGCCGCCUGACCUCAGUUACAUCGUUAAUGCCAGACAUGGUGGAGAGGACUAUGUGUUCAGCUUGCUGACAGGUUAUUGUGAGCCUCCAGCAGGAGUAUCAGUAAGAGAGGGUCUCUACUACAACCCAUACUUCCCUGGCCAAGCUAUCGGCAUGGCCCCACCCAUCUACAAUGAGGUGCUAGAGUAUGAGGAUGGAACACCUGCCACCAUGAGCCAGGUUGCUAAGGACGUGUGUACCUUCCUGAGGUGGGCUGCGGAGCCGGAGCAUGACCAACGCAAACGCAUGGGACUGAAGUUGUUGAUGGGUGUUGCCAUCGUCAGCCCUUUGGUCUACUACAUGAAGAGACACAGGUGGUCAGUGCUGAAGAGUAGGAAGAUCGCUUAUAGGCCCCCUAAGUAAAGCAAAACACACCUAAACUUUGGCCUACCUGUACCAGAGAGGGCUGCGUUCAACAACCCCACAACACUCCCCCUACAAUGUUCUCUUUGACACAACACAAACAUGCCUUUCUAAUAGGGGUAGAGAAAUCAAGCAAAUAAGGUUUUUGUUUUUUUUCCUUUUUUAUAAUUGGAAUGGUCAGCCAAAAUGUGGUUGAGCUUUUCUGUAUCUGCAACGUUGUGGUUUGUUUUGGAGUGUUGUUGGCGUUCUUGAAUGCACCCUCCCCUCAUUAUUUUGUUUGAUUUGGUCAUAGCUGCUCCUUAUUCACAUCUUAACAUGAUGUUCAAGUCAUGCCAUUUAUGAUUCAAUUAAUUAUCCAUCUUUAUAAGAUAUUGAAUAACAGAGCGUGCACAGACAAGUGGUUGCCCUAAAACCAUGAAACAUUCUGAGUGUGCAGAUAAACAUCCUUUCCUCCCCUCCCAAGAAAACAAGAGUACGAUGAUGGAACAAAAGCAACUGCUAAACCUCUUGUUUUACUGUACAAAAUAAAUUAUCUUAAAGGAAA